AAAAAGCGGUCGAUCAAAAACUGGUGGAAAAAUAAAACAAACGCGGGUGACUGACGGAAGAGAGAUCCGGGGGAGCAUAAGGUAGAGGAGGAAUAGGAAGAAGCAAGAUUUGUAAAAAUGAUGUCCGGAAACUAUACGGCCAUCGAUAAUCAAAAGGUUUCUGGAUCCGUACCUGCAGUUCCAGAUCAAGGGCAUGUCGCCGUCAAGUUCGCAGAUUCAGAUCUUCAGACAUUUCCUCCGUCUGAAGCUCAAGGGAAGAUAACUGGUGCGUCUAGGCCGCCUCGUGAUGCUGAUGAUACAUUUUCAAAACCUUUAUCUGGUUCUGAGGAAGCACAGCAGAGCAGUUGGUUUCGGACUUUUACUAUUGGUGCUUACAAACCGUACUUUGAUGUUGACACUGCGGAUGUUCUAGAGAGGAUUAAAGACUCAUUCUUUCCAUUUAGAGGAACUUUCAAUGAAAAAACUGCAAACAGCCCCGAUUUGUAUGGACCAUUUUGGAUAUGCACCACAUUAAUAUUUGUAGCAGCCUCAAUUGGCACAUUUGUCACGUAUGUGACGCACAAGCUGAAGAAGGAGCAGUGGAAUUAUGACAUAAAUCUGGUGACUUGGUCCGCUGGUUUGUUUUAUGGCUAUGUCAUCAUCGUUCCUCUUUGUUUGUACGUGAUUCUCAAAUACUUCUCUGCACCAGCGGGACUUGCCCAACUCUUCUGUCUCUAUGGAUACUCCUUGUUUGUCUUCAUUCCGGCCCUGUGUAUGUCAGUUGUGCCAUUGGACAUAUUCAGAUGGGUGAUUGCAGGAGUGGCUGGGUUCAUGUCAGCAACAUUUGUGGCACUUAACCUUCGCGCCCAUAUCAUGUCUGCAGGUGAAAGGUGGUUCUUUAUAGUAGCUGGCAUCUUUAUAUUGCAGCUUGCCCUUGCCGUUGUCCUAAAGUUUUACCUCUUCACGGUAUCAGUUUGAGAGGAACUAUCAUUAAGAAAUGGUGCGAUUAAAGUAAAGAUAAAGAAAAGAAAGAGAAGUGUUUUUGGUGUUUAGAUCUUCAUUGUUACGUUGUAGCUGAAAUAUAAUUCACAGAUCAAACCUCUCAUGUAUUCUUUCAUUUGUGGCUAGAUGAGGUAUAUACGUGUUUGGACGA